AUGGCAAACAAACCAAGUGAAUUUAAAUUAAGGGUUAUUGCAAAUGAACAUUUUUAAUCGCCAAUAAAUCAAAAGCAGUCACCUAUUUAAAAUAUAGUUGGCAGUUUUCAUAACAUAGUAUAAGAAAACACAAAUUUAUAAAAUAGCAAAGAUUAUAAAUGGUCUGAAUGUAAAAUAAUGGGAAACAAUAUUUAAUCAAGAUCUUGUUGUUCAGCUAAUAUUUAUAAUGAUAGUUUAUAUAUAUAUGGUGGUUAUGAAUUAAGUUGUGGAAUUCUUUCUGAUUUUUGGUAAAUUUAAUUAAAAGCCUAAUAAUAUGUUUGGGAAAAAGUAUAGGUUAAAUCUUAAAUAAAUCCAGGAAAAAAAAAAGGUCAUUCGACUGUUGUUUAUAAAGAUAAAUUGCUCUUGCUCGGGGGUUUACAUUAAAUUUUAUAAAGUAGUAGUUAGUUGUGGGCUUAUGAUUUUUUACAAUCGAAAUGGAGUUUAUCAUUAAAAUAAGCUUUAUAAUAUAAUAUUGAUUCGCAUAAUUCUAUUUUAAUAAAUAAUAAAUUAUAUGUUAUGUUUGGUUAUUUGAGCUAAAUAGGAUAAUAUUCAAAUGCUAUUUAUUCUAUUAAUUUAGAUAAUUUUUAAACAGAAGAACUUUUUUCACUUGAUUCUAAAAAUUUAAAAAAUUCUCCAAAAGGUAGAAUAGAUAGUUCAAUAUGUAGUAUUAGAAAUAAAAUAUAUUUUUUUGGAGGAUAUACAGGAUUAGCUAGGUUAAAUGAUUUAUGGUAUUUUGAUUUAGAAACAAAAUUAUAUUGUUAAGUUAAUUUAAAUAUAAUAAAAAUUAUAUUAUAAUAGUUAAGAAGUGGGCAUAUAAUUUUUAGUUUAGACAAUUAUAUUGUUUUGUUUGGUGGAAUUUAUAUUAUAACAUGGGAGUUAGAUGAUAUUUUUAUCUUCGAUAGUGAAAAAAGUAUAUGGAUUUAAAUAGAUUAAUAUUCAGCAAGAUCAAAAGAAUGUUCACCAUUAAUAAAAUUAAAUAUUGAUAGUGAUUCUGAAGAGAGAACGAAUUUAAAAACAAAAAGAAAUCAAAAAAAAUAUAACACAUAUGCUUCUUUUUCACCUUCAAAAAGAUUUACUAAAAAGUAAUAAUUAAAUAUUAAUAAAAAAUCAGAUUCACUAAAUUAUUUAGAAGAUUAAAAUUUCGAAGCUUUUAAUUGUUUUUCUCCUUAACAUUUGCCUUCAAGCCCUACAAAAAGUGUGACUGAACAAAAGAGGAAAGAAUUUAAUUAACGAAAAAUGAAAAUGCUCAAAAAUUUUGAAAUUCCUUCUGAUAAAUUAAGCUUAUACAGAGAUUUGUCACCUACAUCUGAAGCAAUUAAAAACACUUUAAAUGGUUUUUUUAUUUUUUAAUAAAAAAAUAUUUAUAUUUAAUUAGUUAUUGGAAAUCCUAGUAAAAAUAUAAAUUAAUUUGCAAAAAGUAAAGUAUGCAAAUUUAAUUAACCGUUAAAAGAUUAAACAAAUUUAAUUGUUGGAAAAAAACCAUGUGCAAGGGAUGGACAUAAGUGCGAUUUUUAUGGAAAAGAUAAAUUAAUUGUAUUUGGAGGAGACAGACACAAAAUGUCAUUUAACGAUAUUCAUAUUUUAGAUUUGAACUUACUUCUUUAAUAAUACAAAUAAAUAAUCAGCAAUAUGUGA